AUGGACGUUCGCCAGGUCACGUCACGCACCGCUCACGAUGGCCCCGAGGACGAGAUUGUCGCCCCAGACGAGCAGCCGUCUGCGGGCGCCGACAUUGAGAAGCGCGCCACCAACGCCUCGUCAUCCGCGCCCUACCAGGAAACCUACCCCGAGGGUGGCACCAAGGCAUGGCUGGUGGUGCUGGGCGCCUGGUUCUCCAUGUUCUCUUCCCUGGGCUUGAUGAACACGAUUGGCAUCUUCCAGGCGUACACGCUGGACCACCAGCUCAAGGGCCAGAGCGAGGGCACCGUCGGCUGGGUCUUCUCCAUCUACACAUUCCUCGCCUUCUUCUGCGGCGUCUACAUUGGGCCUGUCUUUGACAAGCACGGCCCACGCUAUCUCAUCCUGGCCGGCUCGGUGUUGACGGUGGGCGGGAUGCUCUCGACGAGCUUCUGCACCGAGCUGUGGCACUUUAUCAUCGCGUUCGGCAUCCUCUGCGGCGUGGGGACGUCGCUGCUGUUCACGCCCUCGGUCGGGGCCGUGGGCCACUGGUUCAAGGCUCGACGCGGGCUGGCCACCGGCAUUGCGGCCACGGCGGGCGGCUUUGGUGGCAUCAUCUUCCCGCUCAUGGCGAACCCUCUCUUUGGGCAGAUUGGGUUCGGGUGGACGGCGCGCUGCAUAGCGCUCAUUGCGCUCGUCUCCUGCAUCCUGGGCAACCUGCUGGUCCGCUCCCGACUGCCCCCGGCGCCCAACGCCACCGCGAAGCCCGAGUUCAAGAUCUUCAAGCAUGUCACCUUUACCCUCGCGACCGUGGGCCUCUUUUUGCUCGAGUUCAGCCUCUUUAUCCCCGUGGGAUACAUUACGACGUAUGCCCUGCGCAAGGGCUUCGAACCCACCUUUGCCUACCAGCUGAUCCCCAUCUUGAACGCGGGCUCUGUGGUGGGACGUGCUCUGCCUGGCUGGUACGCCGACAUUAUCGGCCCCUUCAACACGUGCAUCUCGUCCGUCGUCCUGUCCCUCUUCGCCUGCUUGGUGAUCUGGCUCCCCUUUGGCCACACCACGCCCGGGAUUGUCAUGUUCGCGCUGCUCUUUGGCUUCGCCUCGGGCACGGGCAUCGCCAUUGCGCCCGUGUGCAUCGGGCGGCUGUGCAAGACGCAGGAGUACGGCCGCUACUACGCCACGGCGUACACGGUGGUCUCCUUUGCGUGCCUCAUCGGGAUCCCGAUUGCGGGCAGCGUGGUGCAGGCCAACGACGGCGAGUACUGGGGCCUGAUCAUCCUGACGGGGACGGUCUAUGUGGGCUCCCUGGCGGCCUUUGUGUGGGCCAAGGCGACUGUCGUCGGCUGGAGGAACUGGACGGCUGUUUUUUAG